GGGCGAAGUCAAAGCAGGAUGUCAAAUGAUAAUUCAUUAUUCACAUAUUAAGAAAUUUGAAGCGACAAAAAGACCUGUUAUAUUCUUCAUAAUACCUCCCACAACGAAUGAAUGAUGAAGCCGCAUCUUUUUUUUUCCUUUGCAUUUGCUUGUAUAGCGCAAGCCAAGUCUAUGUUUUCCAACAAAAUUCAAGUAGUUAUUAUUGGACAAGAUUAUUCGCUAAAGAAUAACAGUUUUUCUGAGUUUGUUCACGCAAAAAACGUCAGCGAUGGCUUAAGUUUUAAUUUUACAAUCAUGAACGUUCUCGGGGCGUCGUAUAAAGAAACGACGGACGAGUUUUGCAGAAAUUUGAAGAACACUGGAGUUUCUGCGAUUGUUUCGCUGAACAUUUCGUCACAUCCUAAAUAUAUUGAUAUUUACGCAAGUUACAUAGGAAUUCCUGUGAUAAAGUUAUUCAACAAUCCAUUUAAACAAGAUGUUGUCAGGCAGGAUCGAAACACCCAACUUUACCUGGACUCAGAUUCUGUUCUGCGAUAUGUGGUUAUCACAAAACUUUUAAAGAAAUACAGCAGAAACGAUCGAGUCGUUGUGAUUUCAAAUGAAAACCAAUCAACGUGGGCGAAGAAGCUAGUUGCUGGGAUUCGGAAAACCAGGAAUUCAGUGAACGAUGUUAUUUUAAAUCUUACUAUAACUAAAAACGAGGAGAAUUAUUUCAGGACUUUAAGAACUAUUCAUUCUUUGAAUGUAAAAGCUGUUGUCCUCUUGAUGAAGAAAAUCUCGCGUUGGAUUUUAUGGAUGUCGCACAACAAGUUGGAUUUGUAGACAUUGAUUGCAUAUGGAUUGUAGAGCACUCUCUUCAUGGAAGAAAACGAAUACCGCUUUUGGGAAAACUUCUUGGAGUAAGAUUGCCCCGAGAAUCCUUCAGCAAUGAUAGAUCACAAUGGCAGCGCGAGGCGUUGUUCAAUGAUUCUAUCAAAAUUCUGAGUAAGGCGUUUCAAAAUGUAAGCAAUGCAGAGUUUGAAAUCACAUCACCAAGCAAUUCGUGUACUUCAACGAGCCAUUGGCUGCUAGGAACAUCGUUGUACAGGUUUAUGAAACUUGUUCGCAUUGAUGGCGACACUGGUUGGAUAGAAUUUGAUGGUCAAGGUUACCGAACUAAUGUGGAAUAUGAAAUCGAUUACUUUCUUAAAAAUGAAAAUGGAACAACCAUCAGAAUGAUUUUAGGCCAAUAUCAUAACAACAAACUAGAUAUAUACCAUGAAGGCUGGCCACCUGCAGAGAAAAAACUUGAUAUACUGGAAACUAAAAUUGCAGAAAACUUGCCAUUGAGGAUCACAGUUCAGUUGCAAGAACCGUACGUUAUGAUACAAGAGAACUCCGCUCAUAACUCCUCGGAUGAUACGUGUGCAUUAGGUUUACCUUGUGUUGGAUCUGACGGGAAAAAGUCUUGUUGUUUCGGGUAUUGUAUAGACUUGUUGAAAUUACUUAUGAGAGACAUCGGAUUUUCUGUGAGAAUUCAUAUUGUUAAAGAUCGUAAAUAUGGCGCUUUAGACGAAACUACGGGACAAUGGUCAGGUCUGAUAGGUGAAGUUUCUCGCGGUGAAGCAGAUAUGGCGGUAUCAGAUUUAACUAUCAAUGAACAGCGUUCCAAAGUAGUUGACUUCACACAUCCAUAUAUGGACGCAGGUAUGGCUGUUAUGGUUAAAGUGUCACGUCGUGAGAAGAAUAAUUGGACAGGCUUCAUGGAUCCCUUUGCUGCAUCCUUGUGGAUCGCAAUAAUUGUUUGUAUCAAUACGACACUUCUCAUUAUGUGGUUACUGGAGAGAUAUAGCCCGUAUGGUCAGAGAUCACGUGGAAAGGUUUUGAAAAGAAGUAAAGAACAUUCUUUUGGUUUUGUUCAGGCUAUUUGGUUCACAUGGAGCCUGGUUUUUCAAACUUUUGAUGUUGGUUCAAAACCAAAAAGCUUUUCUUGUCGUAUUUUGGCGUUGUCUUUUGCGUUCAGCAUGCUGAUUGUCAUAACCAGUUACACCGCCAAUUUAGCCGCUUUCCUCGUGGUGGAAGAGGAGAUAUUGCCUUUGAAUGAUGCUGGGAUACGAGAUCCCAAGCUUCGGAAUCCCCAAGUGGUUUUCGAAUCGCGACGGUUAAAGACUCGAGUUUUGAAAGAUUCUUUCAAGCUACAGACGAUCCCAUGCUAAGCCGAGUUUGGAAAUAUAUGAAACCCAACAAUGUGGAGGAUUUUGUAGCUGCAAUAAAACAAAUGAAUUUCAAAACCCUCCAAGCAUUUGUCUCAGAUCAACCGACGCUUGAGAAUUUCGCGGCGAAAAGUAAAGAUUGUUCCUUCAAAAUUGUAGGAAAACCGUUCUUCCAAUCUGGAUUCGGUCUUGCCGUACGAAAGAACUCUUCUUUCACUUUCAAGGUUUCCCAACUAUUGAUGCAAUAUGAAGAUUAUGAUAUUUCACGGACAUUAAAACGUCGAUGGUUCGUGGGACAAUGCAGCGCAAUGAAUGGUGAUGAAAAUGCGCUGUUUGCACGAUUGUCUAUUGCCGACUUGAGUGGAUUGUUUCUCGCCAUUUGUAUCGGAGUUGUUAUUUCAUUGCUAUUUUUUACUUUGCAGUAUUUUAAAAUUGCACUCGGCCGGGUAUCAUCGCAUUAUAUAAUCCGUUAAAAUGAUUGACUUUAUAACAAAUAUCUCUCUCGAUCUCUCUAACAAAUAGAUCAGACUGGAUGAAGCAGGUGGAAUAAGUCCGCCGUCCAUGCACUGUCUGAAAGAUUUAAACUUAGAUGAACACACUUGCCUAAGCUUGUAAUUUUGUGAUGAGAGAAAAAAAAUAUCAACGUGUACUGUGCCCAUAUUAUCUGUUCGUGAUAUGGAAAUUAUAUUUUAUAUACAGAAAGGGUUGGGAAUAAGAGAACUGGCACUGGUAGAAUGUCAAUAGUUUUUUGCGGUUGAUUUUUAGGAAAUCUUAGUUUUUCUUUCAACAUAAUCUAUGCGCAAAUAACAUAUAUUAUCGAUGUGUUAAGUUAAAAACAAUUUUCAAGACCGAGUGUUUUCAGAAUGUAGCUUAUUUCACCUGGUGCGGCUAAACUGAGAUAACGUUCGCCUCGGGAUUUUUUAAGCUCUCGUAGUUUUUCAUUUAAAAAUUUCCAAGUGACGCGAAAGAACGUCACUGAUUCUUCAUUUGUAAUAGACUCGACUAGCCGAAGGUUAUUAUUAUAAGAAUAUUUAAUGAAGCGCUCCAUUAACGUACUUUUU